AGGAAUCAGGAGAGACGAAGUUCCCGCACAUGAACGUGGUUCUCUCGGUGGGAACCGAUGAGCUCCGCACGAAGCAGCCUCUCGUUGCUCCUUCGGAUGUGUUUGCUGCUGCGGAAGGAUUUGGAUUUGGGUCUAGAUUGGGGCUUUGCAAGUGUUGCUGCGAGGAGUUGAGGACCUCUUUCUCACCACUAUUCUCCCACCUGUUCGCUUGUGUGCGCUCAUUCCUGUAAUUGGUAAUGCCGGUUUUGGCUCGGUGUUUGAGCUUCUGAAGACAAAGUAUUAUCGUCUCUUCGAGUGGGUGUGUAUGGGGGAUCGGAGAUGGCAACAAUUGCCAUCAGCUGAAUCUGAUGGUUACAAACGAUGGUUAGUUUCAGUGAUUGCCCUUUCGUGUGGAAUGAAGAGCCAGGUGUGGGAAUGGAGUGGAGGUUUGAGGGUUGGUAUGCGAACUUAGUCUUGUGCUGAAGGCGCUCUAAUGUUGGGGAUGAAUUGCCGGUGGGGAGGAUUUAUUCGAUAUAAAGGCUGCUGGAGAUGGGAUUGAGAUACCAGGCGAACUUGGGCGGGGUUGUGGAUUGAACGUCGGAGCACAUGUGUCGUUGUGGGUACCUCACAAGAUUUGGGCGCAACUGCUAGCGCCAGGGGCGUCUGAGCUGCUGGUGCAAGGUGUUCUCAACGAGUUCAGCCGUAACUUGGUGAGCUUAUCUGCGGAGGUCCCUGGCAUAUCAUUUUACAGACAGUAAUUGUACAUGUUCAGCGAAUGCCAAUGGUUCCUGUGGCUGCCAAGAUGGUGGUGCCAAGCUGUUCGCACGGGCGUCCAAUGACAGCUUUCACACCUCAAAUUUCGCAUGGAGUUUGUGAAGGCAUUCUAGGGCUGGGUUCUGUUAAGCAGCUGCAAUUGCGUCCUAGAGUUGUUCGCACUCGUUCCAGACGAAGAGAACUUUUAGGUUGUGUCUUUGCGGCAGCUGGGGGCGGGAAUGAGGAAGAGGAUUACAUCACCAAACUGCUGACUGAAACUCCCAGUCAAGUGGAAUCUAAAUAUUUAGUCGGGGAUAGGUUGUAUACAUUGAAAGAAUUGCGGAAGGCGGAAGCGCCAAUUUGGAUAUCUACUACAGAUGCUUUGUGGGGUAAUGUGGUUCAGCCGCUGUUGGAAAGUCGGCAAUCAGAGGAGAAUGAUGUGGUUGAGUCAGCGGUGGUUCUACCUCCAUCCGAUGUAAUUCCUGACAUAGCUAAGAGUGAAGUUCAACCUCCCAGUAGUGUUUAUCUAAAUGACCUUCUUCGUGGCUUCAAGGGCAAUCUUUAUGUGCCGGAAGAAGUUUUCGAGGGACAGACGGAUGAGGUUGAAGAAUACAGCCGGCAGCUAGAAACACUCCCCGAGAUAAGCUUUGAGGAGUUUUUGAAAGCAGCCAGGGCAGGCGAGGUUAGCAUGUUGGCAUCCAGGGGUGUAACGACUCCGGAGUACAGGCAUGCCUACUAUGAUUUCCUCGUGGAGCUCAAGGCAGUUCCAGGUGAUCAAACUUGGCAGGCUCGGGAACGGGCGAUGCAUCUGUCCAAAGAAGAGGCUGAUGUCGCGCUUAAAGAAUGCAAAGGCGAUCAAGUUGAGGUGGAAAGUUAUUAUUCGCCAUUUGUGUCGUUGCCUCAAGCAGCACCACACCCAAUUGCCGCUGCCAUAUCUGGGCGGGUUAUGAUGGAAGUCACGGUGGUCGCCAGUCUGGUUGGCGCGGCGGCCUUGUCCGUUGGAGGCAUGGCUUCAGCCGUUCUGUUCACCUCGACAGGAAUUGUUUCCUUUUUGAUAUUACGGGUGGUGUGGCCAUUGAGCUCACCGCUUGUGCGACCAUUUCUUGGUCUGGCAGCUGCCACGGGUAGGAGCAUCGGAUUUAUGAUUUCGGAUGCCCUCGUAGGUGGUAAGGGAAUCCGUUUCUUUCCCGGCAUUCGAGGGAUGAUUUUCUCUGGCACAAUGUAUCAGUCUCUCCGCACUCUGGGUGCAAUUAUAUUUGUUCUCGUUGCCAUGGCAGCACUUGCGAAGUUCACCCUCACGAGACGACCGAAAGAUUUUACAAAAUGGGAUUUAUGGCAAGCUAUUGAGUUCGGCCAGUCUAAGCCGCAAGCUCGGGUGGAGGGAACCACGGGAGUUGGGUUCGCAGAUGUUGCAGGAAUAGAUGACGUCGUUACCGAGCUUCAGGAGCUAGUAAGCUACCUAAAGGACCCUGAGCGGUUCAACCAGAUGGGCACUAAACCCCCACACGGGGUUCUUCUGGAGGGACCUCCUGGUUGCGGUAAAACUCUCCUUGCGAAAGCUAUCGCAGGCGAAGCAGGCGUGCCAUUUUACCAGAUGGCUGGCUCUGAAUUUGUUGAGGUUUUGGUCGGUGUUGGCGCUGCCCGGAUCCGUGAUCUCUUCAAGCGUGCGAAGGUGAACAGGCCAUCUGUCGUCUUUAUUGAUGAGAUCGACGCGCUAGGAGCAAUGCGGCAUGGAGCUGCUGGAGAGGAAGGAAUGGACACUUAUAAUGCAGGUGCACAGGAACGUGAGACGACGUUGAAUCAGCUGCUCAUUGAGCUUGAUGGUUUCGAUACGGGCAAGGGUGUUGUGUUCUUAGGUGCUACGAACAGGAUGGAUAUGUUAGAUCCCGCUCUUCUACGACCUGGUCGGUUUGAUCGCAAGGUGGCCAUCAGACCUCCACGUGCGAAAGGGCGGUACGAGAUCCUCAAAGUGCAUGCCAAGAGCGUGAAGCUGGAUGAGUCUGUGAACCUAGAAUCUUAUGCAAAGAAUCUCCCUGGAUGGUCUGGAGCCGAGCUCGCUCAAUUACUCCAGGAGGCAGCUUUGGUUGCAGUUCGUCACGGCGGCACUAUCGUUGAACGCAUUGACAUGGACCGAGCACUUGAUCGUCUCACCAUGGGCCCCGAGAGAAUUGGAAUGCGGCGCCGCCUCCCAGUGCACCGCCGCAUGGCUGCUCAUGAGCUCGGCAUUGCUCUCACAUCCCACCUUCUCCGCCACUUUGAGCAAUCUGACACGGAGUUUUGCGAUCGUGUCUCCAUUGUCCCUCGUGGAGAUACCCUUGCUAGGUGCAUAAUGAACCGGCUUGAAGACGAGUACUACUUGUUUCAGCGAAAACCGGCUCUUCUUCACCGCUUACAGGUUCUCCUUGGCGGCAGAGCGGGUGAAGAGGUUAUGUACGGGCGCGACACCUCAAGUUACUCUCUAACCCAUCUACCUGAUGCGACAUGGCUUGCCCGCAAGAUCGUUUCAACGUGGAAUUUAGAGGAAGGGAUUUCAUUGACUGGUGAUCCAUGUCCCUGGGACGGAGGUGGAUCCAUGACUGGCCCUCCAUUAGGCUUUGAAGGUGGACUCUACGAUGAUUAUGGCUUCGUUCAGAAACCUCUGAAUUACGACCUUGUCGACAUAACGAUGGAGAGCACGCAGAACCUUCUAGAGUCUAUGUACAUGAAAACACUGAAAUUGCUGAAGCAGCAUCACGCGGCCCUCACCAAAAUGGUGUUCGUGGUGAUGGAAAGGGAAGAGAUUUUUGGGGAAGAAAUUGAGCAGAUUUUAGAGCUGUACCCAACCGGCACUCCAGUCCAAAAGGUUAUGGAUGAGGAGGAGCCUAGUGAUCUGCCUCCUCUUAGCGACUAUUCCAAGGCUAGCUUUACUGAGGUUACCACCCGUAAUGAGCUGCCCUGUAGAGCAUCCCGAGAUCCUUUUAGCGGCGCUGACGCUCUCAUCACAGGUGCCGCUGCUGCUGCUGAUGCUGCUACCGCUGACCUUUUUCGCCGCUCUGGCUAACCGAUUGGGACCUUCUUCUCCAUUGUAUCAUUUCCUUACACUGCCAUCUUUGUGUACCGACUGGACAGCGUCUCCACUGAUUUGGUGCAUGGAAAAUGUAGUUUUCUUGCUCAGUUACUCAUUUUAGGACUUUUCAGCUAAAUCGUAGCUGUUCAAAGUGGGAUUUUUUUCUUAAUUACGAUUUUUUCCUUUUUUGUCUUUUAUCUUUGAGACAUUCGCUGGGUUCAGGUGUACUGUUUCGUUUAGCAUGGUAGACAACCUCCUGUUGUAUCCUCCUGUUAGAACAAGCUGAAAGCUAGACGAUGCGAAGGUAUUCCAAGGACUCCCUUCGGUAUUGCCACGUCUACUGAGUUGUAUCUUAGAAAUAGACAAAUCCUCUGCAUAGUAUUCAUUAGUCCAUCAAGCGCAGCUUGCCCUCGAGAGAAAGAAGCUAAGUGCAAGCAAUAUUAAUUUGUAGUUCUUAAUUGAGUUCAACUGAGUGAUAUUGCGUUGCAAAGAUCAUGUUAUGUUUA